CCACCCCCCGGGAAUGAAUGGAUGGGCGGCCUCGGCGCCCGCUGGAGCGCUGGGAGGACCGACCCGGCGGGGACCUGCUGGGGGCAGGACCCGGGGAGCAAGAUGGCCACGGUCAUCCCCGGCCCCCUGAGCUUAGGCGAGGACUUCUACCGCGAGGCCAUAGAGCACUGCCGCAGCUACAACGCGCGCCUGUGUGCAGAGCGCAGCUUGCGCCUGCCCUUCCUCGACUCGCAGACCGGUGUGGCCCAGAAUAACUGCUACAUCUGGAUGGAGAAGACCCACCGGGGGCCCGGUCUGGCCCCCGGACAGAUCUACACGUACCCAGCUCGCUGUUGGAGGAAGAAACGGAGACUCAACAUCCUGGAAGAUCCAAGACUUCGGCCCUGCGAGUACAAGAUCGACUGUGAGACGCCCCUGAAGAAGGAGGGUGGCCUCCCAGAAGGGCCAGUCCUUGAGGCUCUGCUGUGCGCUGAGACAGCAGAGAAGAAGAUUGAGCUGAAGGAGGAGGAAGCCAUUAUGGACUGUCAGAAACAGCAGCUGCUGGAGUUUCCACAUGAUCUCGAGGUGGAAGACCUGGAGGAUGACAUUCCCAGGAGGAAAAACAGAGCCAAAGGAAAGGCGUAUGGCAUCGGGGGUCUCCGGAAACGCCAGGACACCGCUUCUCUGGAGGACCGAGACAAGCCGUAUGUCUGUGAUAUCUGUGGGAAACGGUAUAAGAACCGGCCGGGGCUCAGCUACCACUACACCCACACCCACCUGGCUGAGGAGGAGGGGGAGGAGAACACUGAGCGCCACGCCCUGCCCUUCCACCGGAAAAACAACCAUAAACAGUUUUACAAAGAAUUGGCCUGGGUCCCUGAGGCACAGAGGAAACACACAGCCAAGAAGGCACCUGAUGGCACUGUCAUCCCUAACGGCUACUGUGACUUCUGCCUGGGUGGCUCCAAGAAGACAGGGUGUCCCGAGGACCUCAUCUCCUGUGCUGACUGUGGGCGCUCAGGACACCCCUCGUGUUUACAGUUCACGGUGAACAUGACAGCGGCCGUGCGGACCUACCGCUGGCAGUGUAUUGAAUGCAAGUCCUGCAGCCUGUGCGGCACCUCAGAGAACGACGGUGCCAGCUGGGCGGGUCUCACCUCCCAGGACCAGCUGCUGUUUUGUGAUGACUGCGAUCGGGGUUACCACAUGUACUGCCUGAGUCCCCCCAUGGCAGAGCCCCCGGAAGGGAGCUGGAGUUGUCACCUCUGUCUUCGGCACCUGAAAGAGAAGGCUUCUGCCUACAUCACCCUCACCUAAGCCUGGCUCGGGCUUACCUGGACCUCUAGGGUGGUGUCUGCCUACCUGCCUCGCCGAGUCCUCUACUCCCCCCCACCCUUCAUGCCCCGUGGUGGGAGUGGGAGAGGGCAAGGCUUGAGACGGGCCAGGCCACCCCUGCCCUUUGUGCAAGUGGAACGUUUGCCCUGUGGGCUGGUGGUCCUAGUCGGGCCUCGAUCCCUUCCUCCCUCCUUCCGCAUCCCUCGGCAAAUGGGCACCAGGGCCUUCUGCUCCCAUCAAAGCCAUACCCCGCCUCUGGGCGGGCAUAGGGGGGUAGAUGCCAGCCAGGGACACGGACAGAGCCUUUUUCUAAAGAAAAAGACAAAAAAAGUUAAAAAAAAAAAAAUUAAUAUAUACAGAGAGUCCUAUAAGGCCUGCUGGGUGGAGGGGCAGUGCUAAGAGCCACAGGGCACCAGUCUAUGCCAGCUUCCUGCCUGGCCCUCCCUCCCGUUUCUGGAGUUGCAGCUGUCCCAGCAGCCCUCCCACCCCCCAUCCAAGGUGAGCACCGCUGCCCCUGGUGCCAGGGUGGGUGGGCAUGGUGCCCGUCCCUUGCCUCCCCCCGCCCCCGGUGCCCACCGUGGAUACUGCAUGAUGUGAACCAUGGUUUUGAACUCUGUUCCUGCCCCCUCCUGAGAGCCCUGCCCUGUGCCCACACCCACGCCUGCCCUGGCUGGUGGGUGGCGGCUGGUGGGGCAAGGCGGGCCCCUGCCCGGCGCCUGCUGGGAUGAGAAGCACAGACCCUGCAAUGGACUAGUUGUCCCUCCUUCCGGUCCCUCUUCCCCACCCGGCCAGGCCGGGUGCCCCCUGCCACCUCGCUGGCCAUUUUGAGGGUGGCGAGGGGCGUGGUUGUUUCUUGUGGUUGUGUGUGUUUAUUGUUCGGGUUUCAAAAAAAAAAGGGAAAUUGAGACUGCAAGUGGGGGAGGUGGUGGGUUUGGGGGGGGGUCUCCCCGACUCCAGGUGUGCCCCCCUUGUAAACGAGUCUCCUUUACUGCCUGCCUCUGCUGUGACUUAACUUGUUCUGUGUAUUAAACUGGGCCUGACCCCUCUGCCCACGA